UCCUCUGACGUACCGCGGCUGUGCUUUCGCGAACAAACUGGUUUAGACAGCGAUUGAAACGUGUUUUCCUGUCCUGCCUGCGACCGGAAUGUAACAUUUCGUCAGAUAAUGAUACUGUGUAAUCCAGAGGAAACAUAAAAUCGCCCCGGUGGGUGGAUAUGGCUCGCCGUUCUCAGUGUUCCUCAGCUGGGGACAACCCUCUGGACCCCAGCUACUUGCCUCCACACUACCGUGAGGAAUACCGCUUAGCUAUUAAUGCCCUAAUCGAGGCAGAUUUAGAGGGCUACUAUGGGUUCCUACAUGAAGCCAAAGUGGUGGAUUUCUUAUCCCAACCAGAGAUUGAGUACAUCAGAUGUAUGGUGCAGGGGCCACAGCCAGUAGCACAACUGGAUAGGAGGUACAUAAUUGGAGAUGGAGAUGGCUCCUCAGACACUUACUGGCCGAUUCAGUCAGACCUUGAUGCCCCAGGCCUUGACUUGGGAUGGCCACAACCACACAGAUUUGUUGGACCCACAGAGAUCACUACAUUAGUCAACCCUUCUGUUCCUGAAAUGCCAAGUAUCAAGGAGCAAGUUCGCAGAAUGAUCAAGAAUGCACAACAAGUGAUUGCUGUGGCAAUGGACAUGUUUACAGAUGUUGACAUCUUUGCUGACAUCCUCAAUGCAGCAAUGCGCAAUGUGGCUGUUUAUGUUCUCCUGGAUGAACUGAAUGCUGACCACUUUGUUGCAAUGGCGAACAACUGUAGGGUCAAUCUGGAUGAAGUUAAAUUCCUGAGAGUUAGAACUGUCUCUGGCAGCACCUACUUUUGCCACACAGGAAUGUCCUUCAAAGGUCAGAUGACUAAUCGCUUUGUGCUGGUGGAUUGUAAAAUUGUUCUGAGUGGCAACUACAGCUUUACGUGGUCAUUCGAGAAGAUUCAUCGGUGCAUAGCCCAUGUAUUUCUUGGAGAGCUUGUGGCAACCUUUGAUGAAGAGUUUCGAAUUCUGUAUGCCCAAUCCGAGCCGCUGGUAACUGAAAGUCCCCAGACAUAUGCAGAAGAUUAUGGCAAUUUACCUGGAAGACAAAAUAUAGCAAACACUCGUAUAUUUAAGAGAGAAUAUCCACCCACUGAAGAACAUGCAGAAUGGCUUGCAUGUUCAUUUGAAGACGAAAUGAAUGUACACCCCAAAAUGUUAGCCUUUAGGAGAGUUGAAUCAAUCCACAGUUCCACAGACGAGCGUCUUCCUCUUCUAGCACAAGCACAGCAAUUUGGAGGAAAGCAUUCUUACAUGGACCAAAGAAGACUGAUGAAAGGCCCAAAGGAAAUGGGUAGUUUUAGAAGGCAUGGGUACACAGGAUUACUAAGUUAUCCUCAAAUGAAUGCAGUAAACAGAGAGAAGCAGCAUAUUGAGGGUUUAGAGAUUCAGAGUGCACACUUUCCAAGGGAGCAGUUUUUCAAUCAGAGGACAAGUCUAGAGCCUGGGAAUGAUGCAUAUGGAAAAUUGAGAGACCACAAGUUCCAUCAAGUAGAUCCGUUUCCAGGACCUGAUUUUCCUCAUGAGAUGGAUGAUGCAGAACUGCCAGGUGAUUAUGAUCAUGUCCAGAGAUACUUACAUUCUUGUCCUGAUAUGGAGGCAGCACCUGCUGGAAAUUUAUUAUUGCCUGUUCAAUCGACUCCCAGGAGACACAGUAUGGGCCAAAGCUACACUUGUCAGACCUCACCAACUCAGCCAAACCUACCAGAUCGGAAAUAUUUUUUUAAUGUACACCACAAACGACAAGACCAAAAAGAAGGAUUACGAGAUUGGAGGAUCAGCUCAUAUCUCACUGCACUUCAGCACCCAGAACAGGAAGAUAUGGCAGAAUUUCAGAGAACUGAUUUUUGUGAUAAUGCCACCUAUGUCAUACAGGAAAGACCCUGUGAAUCUGAAAUUUCAGAGACAAGAAAAAACAAUAGGGAGUUUACCAAUGCUCCUACUUUCAAAGGCCCCUUACCUCUUCAGCCCUUGAACCCUUUAACACUGCCUAAGAAGUCACUUGAUCAUCCAGUAGACUACCAGACGUUACUGACAAAUACCAGACCAACCCCACCAACAACUUCAGAAUCAUCAUGUAAUACUGAAGGUGACAAACUAGAAGAGAUGCAAAACAGAGAACCUAAAGAAAGUAAUUUAAUUUGUGAAGAAUUUUUCCGAAGGAGGCCCAAUCUAGCUCUCCAGAGGAGUUCAAGAUUAAGGCACUCACUCAUUUUUAACUCUAAUCUAGAACAGCACUCUUCAGAAGAUGUAAGAAAUCCAUUGAGUCAGGAUGAUGGGGAUAACCAAUUGAAACAUCCCCCUGUAGUUUUUAAUAUCCUACAGAAAAAGAGACCUGUCACAAAGGAACCUUUUCAACGGAAUAGUCUUGUUAAAUCUUGUGAACCAUCUACUGAUUCUGCUCUGAGGACAGACUCAAAAGACCGACCCAGCAAAGAGGAAAUUUCUGAGGGAGAUAAAGGUGAAACUACUGACAUUUUUCUAAUAGAUUCUGAACAAAAAAGAAGCUCUUCUCAGAGGAUUCAACCUCAAGAUGCCCUUGCACAAACAACUCAGUGCCGAUCUGUUGCUUUGCAGAGGUCAGCAUCCUUCAUAGACAUGAAUGACCCUGAAUGUAGACUGAGAUAUUUCAAGGAAUUAGCCGCAAAACGCAAAGCUGAAUUUGCGCUAGCAAAAUUGUCUACUGAAGACAAACCGUCCAAAGAGUCUGUUAAGCCAAAUAAUUCCCUCUCAAGUGACACAGUUGGAAGAGAGCUUGCUUUAGAGGCCUCAAAAACUCCACAGGCUACAACAGCCAUGCUACCUACUUCUCCACAAAAAUUGGCUGUGGACAGUUCUCAGGACUCUAAAACUAAGGCACCUGGCUCACAAAACUUACCUGAUAAACACCUGAAGCACAAACUAUCCUCUGAUUGCAAGAUGACACAAGAAUGUGACAGUUCUUGUAGAGCAAUACCUACAAGUGCCACAGAUGCUGAGAAAAUUAAGCUAAAGCAACAACUAACUGACACAUUCUCAAAUACAGUAGAAGACAAAAUUGCCUCUGCUGCAAGUUCAGGAGUACAGUUAAGUACAAAUCCCAAACCUACAAGCCAGUUGAGUCCCAUUCAAAAUGUCUCCUCACCAGAACUUGUAUCUCCACAGGCUAAAUUACCCAAAGUUACUGAUUCAAGUGCUUCCAGUUCAUCUGUGAACACACAAAAUGUAAAACUCAGUCAAGCAGACUCCAUUUCUUCCCAGGUUGUGACAGGUGCACAUGUGUCCCUUCAACCUAGCAGCACAGAUAAAAUGCCUACUGAUUUGUCACCAACAAAUGCUGUUGCAUCGAACACAAGCACUUGUCAACAUCCCACUGGAACAGAGACAGGCCUUUCCAGACAGCCUGUUCCAGCAGAGGGCAGACUUUCCAAGCUUUCUACUACAGCAGAGACAGGCUAUGCCAAACAGACAGACAUUUCUCAGCAUACCAUUGCAAAAGAGACUGGACUUUCCCAACAUCACUCUGCAAAGGAGUCUGAUUCUUUCCUACAUGCCACUUCAAAAGAGACUUUCCAACAUCGCACUGUGAAAGACAUUGGUUUUUCUCAACAAUUCACUGAGUGUUCCGAACCCCUCAAUGCAGACCCUGCUAAACAUCCCACUGUUAUGGGGCCUUCUCAACAUCUCUCUUCAGUGGUGACAAGUCCUUCCAAAUCAGAUUCUUCCAUUUAUUCAUCAGAACCUUGCCUCCAUUUCUGCACUAAUUUACUAAGCACUAGCCCUCCAGCACAAUCUGUGCAAAUGCAAGCUGUGUUGGGCUUUGCAGGAGAAAACACAUCAAGUACUUUCCCCAUAUCUAAGCCACAUGCUUCUACCUCCUCUUCUAGUUCUAACAUAAAACAUUCUAACCCUCUUACUGCAGUGGCAAACCCACCAUCCACAACCAACAAAACAAAUACCAUGCCUAUCACAGGACUUCUGUCAUUAGAGACUACCCUACCUAGUAACACCAGUGGAGUAGAGUUUGGUUCAUCCCAAUAUGCCACUGCAACAGGAAAUGACUUUAUUUCUGAAUCGUCCACAACAAAUAACUGCUUGUCUGUAAAUAUGUUACUCAACACCACGCCCAUUGACGUCACUCAAAAAGACAUGGACUCAGCAACCACACCAUCACAAAAUAUUUUAUAUCUAACCAAGCAAAUUGCUCUGAACACUGGCUCAGUUACAACUUCUCUGCCAGAAACUAGUUCAAACAGCCUGUCCUUAACAGAAACUACCCCAGCUAGAAGCACAUUGCAAACAGAAAAAUGCUCUGGGCAUACUGCAUCUGACUUGUUUCCUUUACCACCUAACACAGUCUCAUCAGAGGUGAACUCACCUAACAGCAGUAUGCCAUCAGAAACUGACUUGUGUACAAAUGUUACAAUAGAGACUAUUUCUGUUGCCAGCCCUAUUCAAACAAACACAAGCCCAUCUACAGAACACAGUCCAGUAGAAACUAGUUCAUGUAUGAAAAUGACUUCAUCACCUACUGACUCUACUUCAACAGAAAGUGUGUUUCCAGAAACUGGCUCAACAACAAACAGUAAAAAUAAAGAUUUCAGGACAUCUCAAAAUAAUAUCCUGACAAACAUUAGCUCAUGUAUUUUUACAAACUGUAGCCCUACAGAAUGUAGUACAAUUGCUCAGUCUUUUCAAAAAAAUUCUGCUCUGGGGUCAGGUGAGAUCCAAACAGUAGCCCCCACACAGUACCUUGUUGACACAGCUCCACUUAAUAAUGACAUUAACCCUAGCUCUUUAGUAAGUCUACCUUUAGUGACAGACAUUCUAAGCCAUACUUCAUCAGAGGUCUGCCAGCCUCUAAAUCAGUUAGCAGCAGAGAUCCAGACAACUCUGGACAUCACCCAGUCGGCUGCACAUUUACCACAUUACCCUGAAUCCAAAGGAAGGCCAGAUGAAGACCAGAACAAGAAGCUCACAAAAGAACAAACGCAGAUGCAAGAGGCAUCAAUUGACUCUGUGAGGCAUAUGGCUAUGGAGGUUCCUAUUGACCUGGGUAAUGACAAAGUAGAUAAUAUAAAAGAAACUGCAGCUGGAAAAAGUGCUGGAUCCAAUAAUGCUGAGCAGUCUAAGGAACUAGAACCAUGCACUGAUGCGGUGAAUCCGCAGCCUCCUUCUGCAGAAAAGCCUACCCACCAGUCCUCCACUGUGAAUGUUCUCUCAUGCAGCAACCUUAGGGAUGACACCAAGGUCCUUUUGGAGCAGAUAUCAGCAAAGAACCAGGGCAGAGCAUCAAAGAUGACUGGUACUUGUGAUGGGGCUAAUGGGAACACUCAGACAGAUAAACAGAUAUCCAGUCAUCUACAAAGUAGAUCCCAGACUCGGUACUCCACGGCUUCACCCGAGGAGCGGGAAAAAUUGCUUAAAAGGAUGGAGAGCAUGCGGAAAGAGAAAAAAGUUUACAGCCGUUUUGAGGCACCGUAAUUUGGAAGUAAUGAAGAGGAAUGGUACAGCUAAACUCUAUUUCAGAAAACUGUAUCAGAUUGCUUCAGAGAUUUCAGCCUAUGUAAAAUAAUAUUGAACUAUGCAGAUAAAAUUUAUGACUAACAGCU